UAAUACAACUUUUCGGCAAAUUGCAUGAUAUACAGUUAAUAUUCAUUUUGUUUUUGAUUUAAAAAUGUUUUGUUUUCUAAACCUUAAAAAUUAUGUAAAUGUAAAUAAUUAGAUUAAGUGGAAAAAAUAAUUAAGUGGAAAAAAUAGCAGCAAUCCAAAUGGGUCCCAACACAAGGUCUUUGUAAGAAAAGCAAAAACAUUUAACAUAAUAAUAAUAAUAAUAAUAAUAAUAAUAAUAAUUAAAUUAAAAAUCUGAGCUUGCUGGUAAACACAGGACAGUGUGUCCAAGGGUCAUCUAGAUGUAAUGUUGGUUCAAUAUUCUGCAUAUUCUCCCAAGGAUGGAGAUAUCUGUGUCUUUAAAUCUGUUUUUGUUCACUAACUGGUCAUAACCACAUCACUAGUCAUCAGAACGGCUUUCUCUCACAGUAAAAGUUGGAAAAGUAAAAUAAAUGCAAGCUGAUUUUACAAACAAAAAACUGUGUCGCUUUCAUGCAGACGCCACCAAAACCCAAUUAACCAAGUCAUAACCCACUUCUGAUAGAAACGUAGAGGAGAGUGUCUCUGGAGAGAUAGAUCUCGGACAGGGACAAUGGUGACUGGUUUAUUGAUCUCUCUCAGAGCAUGUUACAUAAAGCCAUACCAUACUGUCAUGUGUUCUCCAUUUAGUGCUGACCUUAAAUGCCCAGUUCAGUAAAAGCAGAAUAUGAGAAGGCGAGUGAACGUGUUGUGAGAAGAGGAAAGCUUCAAGGAGACGAAGGGGAACUCUUGGAAAUACUGAGGUAUCCUGGUGGCUCCUUCCCCAGACUGCCAUGCGAGACCAGGGUGUGCUCAAUAGUGUGUGCAGGCACUGGAAAGCCUCCACAUGUCUCAUCUCACUACUGGCCUCACUGCUCCUGCUGGCCUUUAACAUGCGUCUACCACUCGAUCACAAACUGACAAGACGAUCUGUUCUAAGCAAUAACAACAGGACAGACAACACCCAGAAUCUAUUACGGCUGGUGAACGGCAGGAGCCGGUGUGAGGGCCGUAUUGAGGUUCAAUACAAUGGUACAUGGGGCACGGUGUGUGAUGAUGACUGGGACAUGGUGGAUGCCAACGUGGUGUGCCGACAGCUGGAGUGUGGUCCAGCUGUUGCAGUGGGCACAAGCUCCCGCUUUGGACAGGGCUCCGGGCCCAUCCUGCUCGAUAAUGUUGACUGCAGUGGGGAAGAGACGGAGCUGAGCCAGUGUGGCAAUCAAGGCUGGGGCAUCCACAACUGCUACCAUUAUGAGGAUGUGGCUGUCACCUGCAAAGGUAACACUGUGUUAGGACCUCAAGGACUGCCUGAGGAGCCCAGCACUCUAGCUCGCAGGAACUCUGGUUUAUCAGGGGAUGGGUCAAUCCGGUUGGUGGGCGGUUUGGACCACUGUCAGGGCCGGGUGGAGAUCUACUACAGGGGCAGCUGGGGAACAGUGUGUGACGAUGACUGGGGUAUCCGAGACGCGGCUGUGGUUUGCCAGCAGGUUGGAUGUGGUCCUGCCGUCACCUACACUACCAAUGCCUACUUUGGCUAUGGCAAAGGUCUCAUCCUGCUGGAUAACGUACACUGCAGUGGCUCAGAGAUUCAACUGGCUGCAUGCUACAGCCUUGGAUGGGGGAUUCAUAACUGUGGCCAUCACGAGGACGCUGGAGUCAUCUGCACAAGACUGACCACCACCACUGCACCUCCUGUGAACACAGAGACCAUAGACAAAGCAUUCUUACAUACUGACAUCCCAGCAGAGACGGGAAUGACUAUUCCAGUCACAAAGACAACACCAACUAAUCCAACCACAUCCUUUACCACAAAAGAGCAGCCCACUGUCCGUGUGGUGAAUGGGAACAGCAGCUGUCAGGGCCGUGUGGAGGUUUUCUACGAAAACAUCUGGGGUACGGUGUGUGAUGAUGAGUGGGAUAUGGAGAACGCUCAGGUGGUGUGCAGGCAGCUGGGGUGUGGCCCGGCCAUGGCGGCCAUCCCACUGGCUUACUUUGGCUAUGGCUCUGGUCCCAUUCUGCUUGACAACGUGGACUGUGAUGGCAAUGAGAGGCUGCUGGCUGACUGCUUCAACUUGGGUUGGGGACAGCAUAACUGUGGCCAUCAUGAAGAUGCUGGAGUCAUCUGCUCGACUUCUCCAGGCUGGGUGGGAACAUCGAGAAGCUUUGGGGUGACUGAUAAGAUCCUAACCACUCCCCCACCAGUGGAGGGUGCGAUGAGACUAUCAGGUGGUCCGAACCGCUGUGAGGGUCGAGUAGAGCUGUAUCACCGUGGUGCAUGGGGCACCGUGUGUGAUGAUGCCUGGGACCUCCCUGAUGCCCAGGUUGUGUGCAGGCUGCUGGGCUGUGGUGAUGCCAUAGUCGCACAGGUGGAGUCCUUCUUCGGACCGGGCUUUGGCACCAUUCUCCUGGACAAUGUGAAGUGCACAGGAACGGAGCUGUCACUCCAGCAGUGCUCUCACAUACCAUGGGACGUGCACAACUGUGACCACUCAGAAGAUGCCGGUGUGACGUGCUCGCUCACAUGACUCCGCCCAUCCACAGAAGCCACUCCUCCUGUGGUCUAUAGAGCGGCAGGGAACGGAGUAGGAAGACAACAGGACAUGUACAUUUUGUAAAUAUCCACUCACAGUGAUAUGCUGAGGAUAUAAAAAGCUACUGGAUGAUCUGAAACAAACAAAAAGAAAUGACAAAUUAUGCUUAUAUACAGAAAUUGGUCGAUUUUUAUUUUAUUUAUGCACUUUAUGAAUGUAUGAAUACCAAAUACAUAUAAACUGUAUGUAUAAAUAUGACACACCAAAUUUUUCAUCAUUUGUUCUAUAAAAGCAAUUGAUACUUUUUGCCUUAAUUUUUUCCUAGACACAAUAUUAAGAUAUAUAGCAUGCAAGUAUGUUUUGCUCGUCAUGCUUGCCAUUGCAUUGUAGAGCUGCUGGAACAUUCAUUAUUCACGUCACUAUAAGUUUUGGCUAAUAUACUAAAAAUACCAAUGAAUGGGUAAUUGGCAAAGUUUUUUUAUUCUAUUACGAAAAAAGAGAAACUGAAAACAUAUGUCUAUACAUACUCUAGCUAAAAUAUUUCAAUUAACAAAAAGAUAUUCUCAGGUUUAAAGAUCUUUCAUUACAUUAGUCAAACACGAUGUAAAAAUCUCGCAAAUUGAGAGCUUCACUUUUCUCUAUCCUCAACUAACGCCACUCAAAACUACCAGAGUAUUUUGCAUUAAUUAUAUUAAGAUUGGGAUGAUUUUUUUUUUAUUUUUUAUUUUUUGUGGGACAGGACGUACAUUUUGUGCAGAUGUCUAAAAUAAACAUAGCAACAUACUAAGGCUUGUUCUGAAAGCGUAAAUUAUUCUGUAAUGCAUGUGUGGGCUUUUUUUUCCUUUGCAUUUGACCCCUUGUCUGGACUAUGUCUGAUGAACUAUGAGAAUUAUGAUGUAUUCAAAUGGACAUUUCUGAUUUCUUGUUGCACAGAUACUUACAAAAACAUGGGGGAAUAAAAUAUCUCUUGUAUUCUCUCAGAUGCUCUUUUUCAAGCGCUUCUUGAAUAAGACGUCUCUAAAAUACUUUUGGAUAAAAAACUUCAGUAAGACUUUUAGAUGUUUAUUCUACAAAC